AUGAUUGGAUCCAUGAAUGGAUUUGCCCUGAGGGAAGCUGCUAAAGGAGGACAUGACAAGAUCAUCCAGUUACUGUUACACUGGGCGCCUCCCGGCUCUGCUCCUCAACACAAUUAUAACGAGUACAAAUCCCCUCCUGCUGUACCACAAAAGGCACCUUCUUUGCCCUAUUAUAGGGCCUUGCUGCCGCACAUCAGCAACAGCAACUACACCAACCUCACGCCGGAGGAUACUGUGGACCCGCCCGCACGCCUGUACAGCGAGCGCAACACAGCAACAGAAGAAGACGAGCUGGAUACUCUCCUCCUCAAACAUCACAAGAAUACCUACGCCUUGCUCUUCCCCGCGUACGCCAUUAAUAACAGGGCGCUCAGCUUAGAGGGCCUAAAGCAGCAGUCGGAGGUGCUGUGUGUUGUGUCCGAGAUGCCGCCCGGGAAGAGCACACUGAGUGAAGGCUCGGAGACGGAGGCGGACAUUUGGCAAGGCGAGGUGCAGAGCGGAGGAGGAAGGAGCAGGAGGUGGAGAGGGAAGAGGGUGUUGAGUCCACCGAAUGAGAGCUAA